UUAUAAUAGCCCUGUAAUAGUUUCAUUCUACUGUGUCCUUUACAGCUGAUUGCUAACCAAUAGGGAUGCAUGUCGGUGGUUCGGGGAACACCUGAGGAAGACUGUGCUUCUAAUAAAAGGUGCGAGAGUCUGACGUCUAGUCUGAAAUAAGUCUCUAUGAGACUUCCUGAGAGGACAGCUAGAUUACUUUUUUGCAGCAUCCUUAUCACCACUGGUGUAGUCUGAAAGCUCUGCUCUUGUCUUCUCAGCAAGUGACGUUUAUAAUAACGGGCUCCAGUGUGGAACUGUUAUUCUGCUAAUCAAAUAGUCGGAUUGGCGAGUAUUUAUAGCCAAGUUUUAUAAUUAUAUAUAUAGUCAGUCAUCGACUUUUUUCUGUGAGCUGUGGGCUUGGAUUGUUUAUUAGUGGACUUAUUCAGCAGAAGCUCUGUUCACAGCCGAGGUUAACCUUCUUCAUCCUCAGGUAUCGAAGACCACGACUUAAGUGGAAUCCUGACAGUUUAAGACUUCGGAUUCCUUUGGGUGCCAGGUUAUAAAUUCAAAUACUUAUUCCUGCAUAAUGGCAGCUUCCCAGCCCAACUCGACUAACUUCCACCUGAGGAACCGAACUUCUGCCUCACUGGGCGGCUUGGUAAAUGUAACGGCCAAUUUCUCCAACCAGUUCAUCCAGCCUUCUUGGCAGAUCGGGCUCUGGUCCAUUGCCUACGGCUCCGUGGUGGCUGUAGCUGUAUUAGGGAACCUGAUAGUAAUCUGGAUCAUCCUGGCUCAUAAGCGGAUGCGCACAGUUACCAAUUACUUUCUGCUUAAUCUGGCUUUCUCGGAUGCAUCGAUGGCAGCUUUUAACACACUCAUCAACUUCAUCUAUGCCACUCACAACGAGUGGUACUUUGGGGAAGGAUACUGCCGCUUCCACAACUUUUUCCCUAUUACUGCUGUGUUUGCCAGCAUAUACUCCAUGACAGCCAUUGCCGUGGACAGGUAUAUGGCGAUAAUACAUCCACUGAAACCCCGACUGUCUGCAACUGCCACAAAACUUGUAAUUGGAAGCAUCUGGAUACUUGCAUUUUUGCUAGCUUUUCCACAGUGCCUUUAUUCUGCAAUUAAAGUGAUGCCUGGCAGAAGUCUUUGCUACGUAGCAUGGCCUGGAGGUGCAAAGCACAGUUUUAACUACCAUGUGAUUGUGAUUGUCUUAGUCUAUUUCCUGCCACUGCUUGUCAUGGGCAUCACCUACACUAUUGUAGGCAUUACGUUGUGGGGAGGAGAGAUUCCUGGAGACACAUCAGACAAGUACCAUGAACAACUGAAAGCUAAAAGGAAGGUAGUCAAAAUGAUGAUUGUGGUGGUGGUAACAUUUGGGAUUUGCUGGCUGCCUUAUCAUAUUUACUUCAUUGUGAGUGGAAUUCAUCUUCAGAUUAACAGGUGGAAGUAUAUACAGCAGGUAUACCUUGCCAGCUUCUGGCUAGCCAUGAGCUCCACAAUGUAUAACCCCAUCAUCUACUGCUGCCUUAAUAGCAGAUUCAGAGCUGGUUUCAAAAGAGCUUUUCGAUGGUGUCCUUUCAUUGAGGUUUCCAGCAAUGAUGACUUGGAACUUAAAGGUACACGGUUUCUCCCAACACGUCAAAGCAGUAUGUAUACUGUAUUUAAGAUGGAGUCCAGCAUGACUGUGGUUUUUGACCCAAAUGACGGGGAUACUGCUGAGUCAAAUCAAAAGAAGGCUACUACUCCUCGAGAUGUUAACAGCAAUGGAUGUUCCCGUACCAAUUCCAAAGCCACAUCAAGAAGUUCAAGUUUCUUCAGCAGCACAAGCACUUCGGUGGAUGAAUAUUCAUAACCAACUUUAUGAAUAAACAUAGAGUUACACUUAAACUCUGACCCAUCAAAUGGCAUGACACAAGCAGUUUUGAAAGAAAUGUGAAAUUUACUUUCUCUAAGCACACAAAAAUGGAUUCUUUACAUUUUUGAUAUGGAUUGUCUUUUUAAAUUCCAUAUUGUGUACAUCUCUGUAACUUAGAUUACAUUAGCUAUGAAUGCUUAUCUACCUUGUAAGUCUUUCAAGACAAGAAUUAAGCCAAAAACAAGAAUGCUGUAAGUGGGUUUGCAAAGAAAAAAAAGACGUAUAUGAAACAUAAAAUCUUAACAGUGUAUUUAAUUUCAUUUAAUAUACAUUGGCUAAUAAAAAUCUGAUAGUACACAAUAGUUCAUCUUGCAUUUCUGAAAUAGCAAUUUACAUCCAUGACUUUAAAGUAAAGCUUCAUUAAAUGUAAACAAAAUGACAUGCAGUGUCCUAGGUGAAGAUGAGAUAUAAUUGUACAGCAUGAGAUGAAACCUUCAAUUGUUCCGUAGUCUCUGUAUUUAUCUGGAUUCAUUGUGAGUUCUUUUAUAUUAACCAUGAAAGCAUCUCUAAUGUAAUGGUACUAGAUGCAGUGGAUAUAAAAUAGUGGUUUGUACAGAUGGCUUUGUUUUAUGUGCUGGAGACACAUUCACCAAUUUUGAAAUGUGCAAAGUUGCAAAACAAUAACUGAUUGUCACAUAUUUUCUAAAGCAAUUUCUUAUCACACAUCGCUUAAUCCAGUUUGAUUUGAGAAGCGUAUCCUGCAAUCUGGUUAAUGAAUAUUUAAAGCUUUGUAAUAUAGGUAUUUACCUGACUUAUUUUUGAAUAUAUAUUAAGUACAUGUAAUAAACAGUGACUAACUGGAUAGGCGUUAUAUGGAAAUAACAGACCAGCAAGGGGUGUUUUGAGGACUGGCACCACAGAAAAACAGCCUUCCACCACUGGAAGGUCAAUUAUUUCCUUAUAAUUUCCACCAUGGAAACUAUUGUUGUGAUUCGAAAA